AUGACCGCCCGAGACACCGCUACAAUUGCCCCUCCCCGACGACGUCCCUCCAUAUCGUUCAGAAACCGACCCCGGACGGCCACCACUUCCGGCGCUCUGCCACCGAGCUUGGAACAUCAGGAAUGGAACGGCCUGGCGUUUCCGGAGGAGUAUGACAACCAGGAGGAACAGGUGCCGGAUGAUACAAGUCAAUCUGCAGAGGCAGUUCCACGCCGUCGGCCUUCGAGAAGCUUUUCCAAUCUGCGCCACCCUGUGGAUGGAUUGCGCGCCCUGGGCCGUCGUUUGUCUGUCACCAUCCGCAACAAGUCGUCCAAACAAACACUACAAUCGCAAUUUGACGAUAUCGACAGCGACGGUCGGUCGUAUCAUUUCUCAAGCAGCAGCUGGGAUGCCCGGCCGAGGAAUUCGUCUUUCAAGUACAGCAUCAAUCGUCGACCAUCGCUCAACAGUGUUUCCGCUUUGCAUAGUUUCUACGCCCCGACCGCAUCUGUUCCUGCCCCGAUCCCCGGCAAUGGACUCGAGCCACCAAUUCUCCCCAAUGACAUGGGCCCAGGUUCGGCGGCCCGCGCGGCGGCCGCCGCUCAGAAUGAAAUGGCAAGGGCGGAGCGAGAUGCCGUCAAAUCACGGGAUGCCAAAAUCACACUUGACUCGGAGAGUGGCAUCGGUAUCGAUUUGCGCGAUCGUACGGAUGGUUCCGAGACGGAAUUGGCUGUCGUACGCCUCGACCCCGUGCGACAUCUGCCUUCGGAGAUCACAUCGCAAGUCCUGUCGUAUCUUGACCCGAAGUCGCUCAUGCAGGCGGAGUUAGUUUCUCGGGCCUGGAAUGAGCAGGCCAUCUCACGACACGUUUGGAGACAUGUUUUCCGUCGCGCUUACAGACAUCGUCGGCCCAGUGUCACUUCAUCCAAGAAGAAACAGUCGGCUGGUCUUGGGAAGACCCUGCCAAAUCAGAAUUGGAAGAGGAUGUUCCUUGUCCGGCGUGCGCUCGAACAUCGGUGGAAGGAGGGUAAAGCAGCUGCCAUUUAUUUACAUGGACACAAGGAUAGUGUUUAUUGUGCGCAAUUUGAUGAGAACAAGAUUAUAACUGGUUCCCGCGAUCGCACUAUUCGCGUCUGGGAUGCUCACUAUCCUUGGCCUUGUUUGAAAAUCAUUGGUCCUCCACCAGGAGACGUUCCCGGUAUUGGGCCUGUGAACAACCCUAUCCAACAAUCAGCGGGCAAGUCUCCGUUUCUCACUAUCUGUCCACCGUCAACUUCCUCUGCUGGAAUCGUCAGCCCCAUGGAACAGCCAUCAGAUUACCAUAGCGCUUCUAUUCUGUGUCUUCAGUUCGAUGAUGAAAUUAUGGUUACUGGAUCCUCCGAUUAUACAUGCAUUGUAUGGGAUAUCAAGAACGAUUACAAGCCGAUCCGUCGCCUGGAGGGCCACCGGGCUGGCGUGUUGGACGUUUGUUUUGACGACCGCUUUGUCGUUUCCUGUUCGAAGGAUACUACGAUCUGUGUUUGGGAUCGACACACGGGCGCCCUUGUGAAGAAGCUACUAGGUCAUCGUGGACCAGUCAACGCGGUGCAACUACGGGGAGACCUUGUCGUAUCUGCCAGCGGAGACGGGGUCGCCAAGCUAUGGAACAUCACAUCUGGCCUUUGCAUCAAAGAGUUCCCCAGCAAGGAUCGGGGUCUGGCAUGCGUGGAAUUUAGCGAUGAUGCCCGAACUAUCCUCACUGGCGGAAACGACCAGGUGAUCUACCAAUUCGAUGCAAACUCUGGCGAGAUGGUCAACGAGCUCAAGGGUCACGUUGGCCUGGUCCGCUCUCUGCAUCUGGAUAGUCUGAACCAACGCAUCGUGAGUGGCAGCUACGACAUGAGCGUCAAGGUCUUUGAUGUCCAGUCCGGUGAAUUGUCGAUUGACCUGCCCGGCUGGACGACCAGCUGGAUGCUGAGCGUGAAGUCGGAUUAUCGACGUAUUGUCGCUACUAGCCAGGAUUCCCGGGCCGUCAUUAUGGAUUUCGGGUAUGGACUGGAUGGCAUUGACUUGCUCGAGGAAUGA